CCUCAUACCAUCACGUAACCUUACGACCGACUAUCACAUUACGUUUGAACAUAAAACGUUUCAUGAGCACGCCGACCACCAUACAGGUGCCAGAAAGUAAGAGACACCUGGUUCCCACCGCCGGAACCUAUCCUAAAGGAUUUAAUGUUACAGGUCUUCACUGCGGUGUGAAAAAGAAUGGGAAUAAGGACUUGGCCUUAAUUAUAUCCGAAAGGUCAUGUACGGCUGCCGCGGUAUUCACGAAAAAUACUUUCAAAGCCGCACCGGUUUUGCUAUCACGGGAGAUUUUGGAUAAAAAGUAUGGUCAAAAUAUUCGAGCACUGGUCGCAAACUCCGGUUGCGCCAAUGCCGUGACUGGCACAAAAGGCAUGGAUAACGCGAGAAAGAUGUCAGACGAAGUGUCAAAAUUGACAGGCGUGGAAUCAAGCACCCUGGUCAUGUCCACAGGUGUUAUCGGUCAGCAUUUACCAAUUGAAAAGAUUGUUACUGGAAUCAAUUCCGCUUAUAAAAAAUCUGCAGAUGGGUCUCACGAGAGAUGGAUCGAAAUAGCUGAAGCGUUCAUGACAACCGAUACCUUUCCAAAGUUAAGAUCUGGUCAAUUCACCUUACCAUCCUCAGGAUUAACAUACAGAAUGGCAGGAAUAACCAAGGGUGCGGGUAUGAUUCAUCCCAAUAUGGCCACAUUAUUGGCAACCAUCGUAACCGAUGCACCAAUCACUGCGCCAGCUUUGAAUAGUGCUCUCAAGUAUGCUGCCGAAAGAUCUUUUAAUUCCAUUAGUAUAGACGGGGAUAUGAGCACCAAUGACACAUUUGCUGUAUUGGCAAAUGGUGCUGCGGAUGAUGGCAAAGGAGUGAUUAUCGAUGAUGUGCAUGGUCAAGAUUUUUUGAGAUUUAGAGAUCAUCUUACGAAUUUUGCGAUUGAUUUAGCUAAAUUGGUGGUGAGAGAUGGUGAGGGUGCCACAAAAUUCGUGACCAUUCAUGUUAAGGGCGCACCAACGUUCCCGGAGGCAAAAAAAAUUGCUUCCACGAUCGCCACUUCAGCCUUAGUUAAGACCGCAUUAUUUGGCCAAGAUGCGAAUUGGGGUCGUAUUCUUUGUGCAGUUGGAUAUUCUGAUGUCUCUUCGGUCGUCCCAAACAAAGUAUCUGUAUCGUUUAUACCGGCUGAUGGGUCGGCACCUUUGAAACUACUUACUCUUGGCGAACCAGAAAAUGUAGACGAAGAGAGGGCCUUGGAAAUCCUAAAGAUGGAGGAACUGGAAAUUAGCGUGGAGUUAGGAAUCGGCGAUGAAGAAGCGAAAAUGUGGACUUGUGAUUUUAGUUAUGAUUAUAUCAAGAUCAAUGCAGAUUAUAGAACAUAA